AUACAGUGACGGGCAAGAAUGGGAUAAAGGGACAGAAUGACGCUUAUGACACAGCUGCAGGUGCGUUCUCACGUCACAGCCCUGAAUGUAGCCCCAGGGGUGGAGGCCGGUCUGUGUCACAAGGUUUGGCUCCAGAUCCUCCCUCCAGAGUCAGAAGACGCUCGGCACAGACCUCUGGGACCGUGAGUGGAGACAGUCAGCAUGAUGCCUCAAACCUUACGCCUCUCUCUGCUCCUCUCCAUCGUUGGCAUCUCAUGUUCUACGGAUCCUAUACAAGUUAUUUCGGGGGUCUUUAUGCCAAAUAAUCUCACCGUGGAUUAUGACGGAGCCAAAGUUGCCUGCGCCAUGCAGUUCAGCAGACUGGCGACACUGGAGAAUAUCACCUUUGCAUUUACAAAUGGCUAUGAGUUCUGCAAAUGGGGCUGGAUCGAGGAGAAGCGCGUGGUCAUGCUGCGUCUGACGCCAUUUGAAGCUUGUUCUGACUACAACCUCGGGAUCUUGAUGAGAGACUGUCCAAAUAUCAGAUCCGCAUUCUGUGUGAAUGGCUCCUCAGGGGCUGUGCUCCAGCUUCCUAUACCGCUACGUCUUUUCCCAUCAUAUGAAAACGCCAGCAAUACCUGCGAAGGGAAAGGAUUGACUAUAGCCACAAAGGAGCAAAUAGAAAUGAAUGCAAGCACCAUAGCAGACCAAAGUCUCGCAUGGUAUAACUGGGGAGUUGGACAGAUUAACAAUGGCACCUUUGAACAGGAUACCUGUAAUGAUACGUUAAGCCAAGCUUCUGCCUUCUGUUAUAACCCGGCCUUGUCUGAUGUCCUUUUAGUAAAGGAUACCCAAACCUGGAAGAUAAUCUCUAUCGGUUCCAUCAUUGCCUUUAUUUUUUUGAUUUUAUUGAUGGCCGCUGUAUUCAUGAGAGGGAAUAAAUUCAUAUGCUGCAUGGGAGAGACGCACACUCACGCACCAGAGACCGAGCAAGCUCCUGUACCCACCUGGAAUACCACCAGCGUUUACCGGCGCGUUAGUCAUGCGAACAGGGGUGCAAUGUAUGACAGCGCCAUUAUCAGAGAGAAGCGUCCCUCUGUGAUCCGACCGGAAAUGAGCCAUUUCAAGACCCACUACAGUAACAUGGCUUUCGACACCACCGGGGAAGUUUGAGGACAACGUGUGGGAUGAUGGUGAAGAAUUAGGGUUGGGUAUUUAACCUGCCUUCAAACAUGACCUCUCGAUAAAAACCUCUGCGACCAACGCACAGUAGGUCUGUGCAU